UCGAUGAUAUAUCACCGUCACAUCGUCAAAUGGAGAAUGUUAUCGGUGAUAUAUCACCGUCACAUCGUCAAAAGGAGACCGAUAUCGAUGACAUAUCACCAUCUAACCGUCAAAAGGAGACUGUGAUCGACGAUAUUACACCGCCGCCGACUGUAAUCGAUCAGGUGUUUGCUCCAAACAGUAAACAAGAAUACAUCAGAGAGACUAAAACGCCGAAGGAAACCGUCAUUGACGAUUGUUCAAACCCGCAAUAUAGAAAAGAAACUGAUAUAGACAAUAUAUUUUCUUCAAUACGCGAACAAGAAGAGCCUGCCAUGCACGAUCGGUUACCUACAUACAAUACAAAAGAAACUGCCAUCGACGACGUGUCGCCUUUAUCAUUGAGGAGAGAAACAGUCUCAGACGAUAGCUCACCUUCAAAACAAUCUACUAUUAAUGAAACAAUCAUCGACGAUAUAUUGUCCUCAAACCGAUCCAUUGCAUCUUCGGUUGAAUAUAUUUCACCACAAACAGUCAAAACACAAUCUCCAGUGAAUCUGACAAGGGAGACGGACAUAAUUCCGAAGGCUGAGAUACGCAAUCUUGUUGUUGAUGACGUGUCGACUUCGCUGCCGAUUACGACUAAAUGUGAAACAAAACAUGAAUCUGUUAUUGGUGACCCCGCAGGAUCAGACGUGAUUAAUUCCAGUACAUUGGACGACCUUGAAAGUGCAAUAGCUCCGUGUAUAGAGCAGUACACAAAGUCAGUGAAUUCUCCUACUAAACUUCAGCCGGAAGUAGACCAUGAAUGGUCUUCAACAGAAAAAGUUGAAAAACAAGAAAAAGCGACGGAUUCAGAUGCAUCCAACGAAUACAAACAUAUUCCAGUUGUGCCAACGUUUGGUUGGGUUGUUCGAACGUCUGUUGUUAGUCCUUCCGGGUUAAAGGGUAUAAAAGCGAAAAUCAGUAAACAACAGGAACGUUCGCGCGUUCGCAAACCUGAGCAAUACAAAUCCGUGCUCACUGAACCUGUUGUGAUAAACCCUUCUCCACCGGUCGUACGGACACCCGACAAAAAUCCGCUACCCGUUAUUCGCCAAAAGAUCAUGUCCUCUCGACACCGCUUUCUCAGUGCUGAUAAUCUGACGGACAACGUGAGCUCGCAGUUCGAGCACUUCAAAAUGUCCGUGUCUAAAACGCCGACCAGACAACGUAUUUAUACGCGUCGCGAGACAACGCCAGCUCAAAAAACUCGCCGCAUAUUGAGCUUUGAGCGUGUAGAUAAUCUAAGCAGUAUGCAUUCCCCGCGGCACAAUAGUGACGACUCGUUCGAAAAACCCGCGUUCGACACACUUCACAAAGACUGUAUGUUCUCGGCUCAUAAACACAAAGAAAUACAAAAAACCACAGAAUCUAUAGACCAAUUACACGAACCUUUGCUCAGUUAUGGGUCUGUUUCGUCAUUGGUGGAAACAGAUAUUGACUCUGGUGAAACGUUUGAAACAUUUUUCCUUCACGAAACUGACGUUGAUAUGUUUGGGUUUCAGCAUAUACCUUUACAAAGAACUGCAAGCAUGAGUGACAUGAUGACGUCAAGAAAUCUGGAAGAACAAAAGGUGAGGAAGGGUCGAUUCGCCGACCGAAACAUGCCAAAGUCUAAAAGUCUCAUGGCGUUGGAAACGGACAUCGACGAGGAAGUUGAGGGAGACGGAAGUCUUAAGCGUGUGCCGUCUAUACACGAGAUUCGCGUUGCUAAAUCUCUACAGAAGCUUAACGUCCCUGAUUGGUACAAAAGGUCGAGUGUUUCGCGGAGCGGAAGUACGUAUAGUCUUUUCUCUGAACGACGAGACUCGACGUCAACACUCAACUCCAUAGGGUAUGCAAUGUCCACAACGUCAUGUCCUUGUCCCUCUAUUAGUCCCACUUCCGGUGCUGUCGUGAUAAAGACCAGAGUUACACCGUCGAGUGCAAAUAGGUUUCUUCGUGCACCUAAACUCCCUGUUACGCCGGAAAAAUCCCCAUUGCCCCCCAUGAACUUCCGAUUACCUAGUGACAGAUUACGGAAAAAAGAAAAAUCUAAAGAACUCAUGCCGAUACCGGUCGUGCCUUUCUCACAACUAAGACUUAUGUUUGAAACUGGUAAAAAGAAGACAUCACCCGUAAAAAAAUCUCCUAGUACCAAAUCUGAAAAAAUAUCUCCUCUUCCGUCACCUGAUGUACCAGAUCACCCUGCUACGUCUCCAGUGACAUCAUCAGCUCCCCAUCCAAUACUCAAGGUGACACACGCUGACCAACCGCCAACGAAUGGUACCACAACAGGCAGUAGGGAUGAAGAGAGCAGAGUGAAAAAUGGUCGCGUGCGAAUUAGUGAACCUGAGGUUACAAAUGUCAAGCCGGUUCCUCCAGAAAAACCGGCGUCUUUGACUAAUAAGGAAGCCAGCCAAGAAAAGCCAACUACGCCGACGAAAAAGGGAUUCUUCUCUCAUUUUAAAAAACAGAAAAGUUCCUCUACAAAGUCGGCACCGGUAGCGCCACCUGUGGAGCCAGAGAAACUCAAACCGUCCAUCAAACCGCCUGUCCCCGCAAAACCCGUCAAGAGUAGGAAAGAGGAGGUUAACAGUUCGUCUGUCGGUAAGUGAAAUAACAUCAUCGGCUAAAUUAUAAAUAUAUUCUACAGCGCUUCACAUAUUUCUUGCAAAUCGCCUCUUUU